AUGGUGCUUUCCAACUUGCUGCGGUCCCGCGGAAACUCCAGCUUCACCUCCCGCAGGUGCGACUGCAGCAGCAGCAGCAGCAGCAGCAGCAGCAGCAGCAGAACGAGCAGCAGCAGCAAGCAGCAGCAGCACAAGCAGCAGCAGCAGCAGCAACCAGCAGCAGCAGGACGAGCAGCAGCAGCAGCAGCAGCACAAGCAGCAGCAGCAGCACAAGCAGCAGCAGGACGAGCAGCAGCAGCAGCAGCAGCAGCACAAGCAGCAGCAGCAGCAGGACAAGCAGCAGCAGCAGCAGAAGCAGCAGCAAAUUCAAAAUCCUCUUAA